UUAUCCUUUAAGAGUUAUUAACAGAUUGAUCCAACAGUCGUUCAUCCAUCCAUUGCUCUUCUGCAAAAAAAUGUUCAGACAGUUAGAGAGAGCCAAGGAGAUAAGGCAGGAGAAAGAGCUCUUACGGAUGUUGCCUGAAUCAAGGCAGAUCAAUGCAGCUAUGCCUUAUGUGCCAUACAGAUCGCUUUUACACCCUGUACUCAUGCUUCAGUCAGAGCUGCCUCUUCAGUAUAUACUCAAAAGAGAAGCUAGUCUGCAAAGCAGGAAUACCCAGGUUUUGGUCAUUCAGACUCCAAUGUUAGAGAAUUUAUGGUCCAAAGACACUGUCAUAUGCACAACUGACAAUGAUGAUAUUUCAGAUGUUGAUACUUCACUUCAUCUGUGAAAAAGUAUUACAAUGUUAGUCGACCUAGUAAUCCUGUGGUUUCCUUCCGUUUCUUCUUCAUGGGGCAGUAAGAAUAUGGGAACGAAAAGAAGGAGCUAAAGAAAAGAAAAGAGAAUAUGUAAUGUAGCUAAUGGCCAUUAUCUUAUGUAUCUUCAGAACUACAGAGCAAUCAGAAAGGCAAUUCUCUUAUCGCUUUUGAAAUGCAUUCUCAUCAUAGGUAUUGUUAUCCAAUUUGUCACUGUUCCCUUUCCUCUUCAUGAAUUUGGGAAUCAAUCGAGUUCCAUCUU